CAGCAUCUCCGACGCCCCUUUCAUUCCUAUCCACAAUGGCCACCAUUCGACAUGAAUUCUAUGAGACCGACGAGAAGCUGACACUCUCAAUAUUCGAUAAAGGGGCUGAUCCGGAACAGGUCAAGAUCAGCUUUGAGCCCCGCAAAUUCUCUUAUGAACAUGGUGACAAUUCGCUUGUCCUCCAGCCUUUGAAAGGACAAAUCGAUCCCACCAAGUGCGACUACACUGUGGGCAAGGUAAAAGUCGAGGUACGCCUCGUCAAGGCCGCACAGGGACGAUGGGCAGGCCUAGUAGGCGAUGCGCCUGAUCCGCUCACGUCUUUCGCCCCUCCUCCGUCGACCUCGCAGACCGCCCCUAAGCCAAAGAAGAACUGGGAAGGCAUCACCACUCAGAUUCUCGAUGGCGAAAAGGACAAGGGCAGCGAGCAGGACCCAAAUGUCGGAGGCGACACUGCCGUGAACGGCUUCUUCCAGAAGAUCUUUGCCGAUGCGGAUGAAGAUACGCGCCGUGCCAUGAUGAAGAGUUUCUCUGAGAGUGGUGGUACGACGCUCAGCACCAACUGGGACGAGGUCGGAAAGGGACGCGUCGAGGUGAAGCCCCCGGAAGGGAGUGAGUGGAAAAAGUGGAACUGAAAGAUGAUCCAAAGCAGCUUCUGUAACGAAAGACGGGGUCCUGUGUGUAUGAUCUUGUUGGUAUCUCGUAACGUUUAUCGGUUCUUCCACUAUAGCCAUUCACCAAUCCUGAUGACAUUCCGUACGGUAAGCAAUGAUCUAUGAUCAGGAACAUCUCGUUACAAUCAGAUCAUCAAUGAUUUUGUGGCUGCGUUGCACUGCAAGGGACACACAUUCCCCACAAACAUAUCGCGGAACACGUUUGCUCCUCGCAAUAUUCCGUAACACAGACUGGUG